AAUUUUGUAACCUAACUUUUAAAUACCUUUUUUUUAUUGUUUUCUGUUGUUUUCCCAUUUUUCUUUAUUGAUUUUUGGGCCAUUUAGAAUUUGGAUAUGAAGUCAGAGCUGGUUUGUUUGACCAUGAAUUUUCAAAAAUUGCACAUACUACGAGCACCAACUAUUUUCAUAACUCAAAAAUUAGGAUUUAAACAUUAUCCUCCUCCACCUAAUUACGAUGGUGUGGAAAUGCCUGAAAGACCUAAGCUCAGAGUUGUUGAAAGAGCCCCACAGUAUCCACCAAAUNGGCUACAGAUUCUUUUAGCUGAUCCCUUUAUUGCUAUCUCGGCAUUAGGAGGAGGCCGAUUGAAAUGGGGACACUUUGAAAUGAUGCGUCAGAUUAUUGGUCGAAAAAUAGACGCCAGUCGUAUGUUUGCCAUCUGGAGAGUUGAUGCACCAUGGCAACCACUGACAAAACAGGGCCUAGGUACACGUAUGGGAGGAGGAAAAGGUGCCAUUGACCAUUAUGUGACUCCUGUGAAAUCAGGACGUAUCAUCCUGGAAGUAGGAGGUAAAUGCGAAUAUAAAGAAGUAGAACGUUUCUUAGUAGACAUAGCUAUGAAAUUACCCUUCAAAGCAACGGCUGUAUCUCAGAAGAUACUCGAUGAUAUGAGGAAUCAAGAAAAAUGGGAGGAAGAAAAUAAUCAAAACCCUUAUACCAUGAAAUAUCUAAUACAAAAUAACAUAGGAGGAUGUUAUAGGUGGUUAUCUCCAACAGAUAUGAAAUAUUUUGGGAAGUAUGUUUAGAUACUGGAUAGGACCAUCCAUGAGUUGUUUUUCUGUAUUCUGUACAGUUUUACUGUUCAAUGGUGAAAAGUACAAGUGAUUUUAAUUAUAUAGAAAGCUUCAAAUAUAAAAAAACGUAUAGGUAUAAGAAAAUAUGUGUAUCAUUUUGAGUUGAAUAGACUUUUCUGUACUGA